GCAGGGACAUUAAGAAAUAAAUUCCCCCUCACGACCCUCGCUGAGCUCGCAGCUCGGUCCCUGCAUAUUGAUGUUGCUUUCACAGCACCGGGCGGCCGAGCAGUUACUUGGCGCUGAGGGGCGGCAGCGGCCACCACCGGCAGCCCGGCUAUGAAAGUCCUAGAUCACAACUGCAUCUAACAAGCUAGUGACCAAGAUGCUCGCAGAAUAGACCCUGUGCCCACCUGUCACUUCUAGACACUGCUACCAGACAGUGUGUCCCAGUCUGUCCGGGACACAUCCCAGCGCUUCUUCUGACGUCUGCCUGGUCAAGCUUCACUUCCUUAGGGAGCAAGGAGGGAGGCGGGGACACACGGAAUCAUGCCACCCAAGGCUGAAUGGCAAUGAGCAGGUGACGCCAAGUUGACGUCAAAGACAGACGACAGAAGCCUCUGCAGCCGGCUCUUCUUCCAGAGUAACCCAAGCUCAGCUCCUCUGUAGAAACCAUCUUGACUUGCUACAUUUGAGGUCUUCGGACAGGACUCCGGGACACAGACACCAUGGAAGAGCACACAUUUGGGGUUAAGCAGAUCCAACCCAACGUCAUUUCUGUCCGUCUCUUCAAGCGCAAAGUCGGGGGUCUGGGCUUCCUGGUGAAGGAACGGGUCAGCAAGCCACCCGUGAUCAUCUCCGACCUGAUUCGAGGAGGUGCUGCAGAGCAGAGCGGCCUCAUCCAGGCUGGGGACAUCAUUCUUGCAGUCAAUGGGCGACCCCUGGUAGACCUUAGCUAUGACAGCGCCCUGGAGGUACUCAGGGGCAUCGCCUCUGAGACCCAUGUGGUCCUCAUUCUGAGGGGCCCCGAGGGCUUCACCACACACCUAGAGACUACUUUCACUGGAGAUGGGACUCCCAAGACCAUCCGGGUAACCCAGCCCCUCGGGCCCCCUGCCAAAGCUGUUGAUCUGUCCCAGCAACCUUCAGCCAGCAAAGAGCAGCCAUUAGCAGUGGACAGGGCUGCAGGUGCUGGCAACGGGCCUCAGCACACCCACAGCCAUGGGCAGGAAGCUGGCUUGCUCUCCCACGCCAAUGGCCUGGCUAUUGACCCUACCGUGAAGAAUGCCAAAGCUGGCCUCCAGGGCAGCGGUGAACACAAUGAACUUCUCAGAGAGAUAGAGCCCGUGCUGAGCCUCCUCAAUAGUGGGGACAAAGUGGUCAACAGAGGAGGACCCAGCAAGGCGGAGACAAAAGACACAGGCGUCCAGGUGGACAGAGACCCCGAUGGCAAGCCAUACAAAGCUCUGCCCCUGGGUGGGGAGAAUGACAGAGUCUUCAACGACCUGUGGGGGAAGGGCAACGUGCCCGUCAUCCUCAACAACCCGUAUUCAGAGAAGGAGCAGCCCCCAGCCUCGGGGAAACAGUCCCCCACCAAGAAUGGCAGUCCAUCCAAGUGUCCCCGCUUCCUGAAGGUCAAGAACUGGGAAACUGAUGUGGUCCUCACCGACACCCUGCACCUUAAGAGCACGUUAGAAACGGGAUGUACAGAGCACAUCUGCACAGGCUCCAUCAUGCUGCCAUCCCAGCACACCCGGAGGCCGGAAGAUGUCCGCACAAAGGACCAGCUCUUCCCACUUGCCAAAGAGUUUCUCGACCAGUACUACUCAUCCAUUAAAAGAUUUGGCUCCAAGGCCCACAUGGACAGGCUAGAAGAGGUGAACAAAGAGAUAGAGAGCACCAGCACCUACCAGCUCAAGGAUACGGAGCUCAUCUACGGUGCGAAACAUGCCUGGAGGAAUGCCGCACGCUGUGUGGGCAGGAUCCAGUGGUCCAAGCUGCAGGUGUUUGAUGCCCGAGACUGCACCACAGCCCACGGCAUGUUCAACUAUAUCUGCAACCACGUGAAGUAUGCCACCAACAAAGGGAACCUCAGGUCAGCCAUCACUAUAUUCCCACAGAGGACCGACGGCAAGCAUGACUUUCGAGUGUGGAACUCUCAGCUCAUCCGCUAUGCUGGCUACAAGCAGCCCGAUGGUUCCACCCUGGGGGACCCAGCUAACGUGCAGUUCACAGAGAUCUGCAUCCAGCAGGGCUGGAAACCCCCAAGAGGCCGCUUCGACGUCCUGCCUCUGCUGCUCCAGGCCAACGGCAAUGAUCCUGAGCUCUUCCAGAUCCCCCCAGAGCUGGUGCUGGAAGUGCCCAUCAGGCACCCCAAGUUUGACUGGUUCAAAGACCUAGGGCUCAAGUGGUAUGGGCUCCCUGCUGUGUCCAACAUGUUACUGGAGAUUGGUGGCCUGGAGUUCAGUGCCUGUCCCUUCAGUGGCUGGUACAUGGGCACAGAGAUCGGCGUCCGUGACUACUGUGACAGCUCACGCUACAACAUUCUGGAGGAAGUAGCCAAAAAAAUGAACUUGGACAUGCGGAAGACGUCCUCACUAUGGAAGGACCAGGCGCUGGUGGAGAUCAACAUUGCUGUUCUAUACAGCUUCCAGAGUGACAAGGUGACCAUCGUUGACCAUCACUCAGCUACUGAGUCCUUCAUCAAGCACAUGGAGAAUGAAUAUCGCUGCCGAGGGGGCUGUCCGGCCGACUGGGUGUGGAUCGUGCCCCCCAUGUCAGGCAGCAUCACUCCUGUCUUCCACCAGGAGAUGCUCAACUAUCGACUCACCCCAUCCUUCGAAUACCAGCCUGAUCCAUGGAACACCCACGUGUGGAAGGGCACCAACGGGACCCCCACAAAGCGGCGAGCCAUCGGCUUCAAGAAACUAGCGGAAGCCGUCAAGUUCUCAGCCAAGCUGAUGGGCCAGGCCAUGGCAAAGAGGGUCAAAGCAACCAUUCUCUAUGCCACAGAAACCGGCAAAUCACAAGCCUAUGCCAAGACUUUGUGUGAGAUCUUCAAGCACGCCUUUGAUGCCAAGGCAAUGUCCAUGGAAGAGUAUGACAUUGUCCACUUGGAGCACGAAGCCCUGGUCCUGGUGGUGACCAGCACCUUUGGCAAUGGAGACCCCCCAGAGAAUGGAGAGAAAUUUGGCUGUGCUUUGAUGGAAAUGAGACAUCCUAACUCUGUCCAGGAGGAACGGAAGUACCCGGAACCCUUGCGUUUCUUUCCCCGUAAAGGGCCUUCCCUUCCCCAUGCUGACUCUGAAGCCCAUGGUCUGGCUGCUGCCCAAGACAGCCAGCGCAGGAGUUACAAGGUCCGAUUCAACAGUGUCUCCUCCUACUCUGACUCUCGCAAGUCAUCAGGCGACGGGCCUGACCUCAGAGACAACUUUGAAAGUGCCGGACCCCUGGCCAACGUGAGAUUCUCGGUGUUUGGCCUGGGCUCACGGGCAUACCCCCACUUCUGUGCCUUCGGGCAUGCCGUGGACACCCUUCUGGAGGAGCUGGGAGGGGAGAGAAUCCUGAAAAUGAGGGAAGGAGAUGAGCUCUGCGGGCAGGAGGAGGCUUUCAGGACCUGGGCCAAAAAGGUCUUCAAGGCAGCCUGUGAUGUGUUCUGCGUGGGGGAUGACGUCAACAUUGAGAAGGCAAACAAUUCCCUCAUCAGCAACGAUCGCAGCUGGAAGAGGAACAAGUUCCGUCUCACCUACGUGGCGGAAGCUCCAGAACUUACCCAAGGUCUCUCUAACGUCCACAAAAAGCGAGUAUCAGCCGCCCGGCUCCUCAGCCGCCAGAACCUGCAGAGCCCUAAAUCCAGCCGAUCAACCAUCUUUGUGCGUCUCCACACCAAUGGGAAUCAGGAGCUGCAGUACCAGCCAGGGGACCACCUGGGCGUCUUCCCGGGCAACCACGAGGACCUUGUGAAUGCGCUCAUUGAGCGGCUGGAGGAUGCACCACCUGUGAACCAGAUGGUGAAGGUGGAACUGUUGGAGGAGCGGAACACAGCUCUGGGUGUUAUCAGCAACUGGAAGGACGAAUCUCGCCUCCCACCCUGCACCAUCUUCCAAGCCUUCAAGUACUACCUGGACAUCACCACGCCACCCACACCCCUGCAGUUGCAGCAGUUUGCCUCCCUGGCCACCAGUGAGAAAGAGAAGCAGCGACUGCUGGUCCUCAGCAAGGGGCUACAGGAGUAUGAAGAGUGGAAAUGGGGCAAGAACCCCACCAUGGUGGAGGUGCUGGAGGAGUUCCCAUCCAUCCAGAUGCCGGCCACGCUGCUCCUUACACAACUGUCACUGCUGCAGCCACGGUACUAUUCUAUCAGCUCCUCCCCAGACAUGUACCCCGAUGAGGUACACCUCACUGUGGCCAUCGUCUCCUACCACACUCGAGACGGAGAAGGACCAAUUCACCAUGGCGUGUGCUCCUCCUGGCUCAACAGAAUACAGGCUGAUGACGUGGUCCCCUGCUUUGUGAGAGGUGCCCCCAGCUUCCACCUGCCCAGAAACCCCCAGGUCCCCUGCAUCCUGGUUGGCCCAGGCACUGGCAUUGCUCCCUUCCGAAGCUUCUGGCAGCAGCGACAGUUUGACAUCCAACACAAAGGAAUGAGUCCCUGUCCCAUGGUCCUGGUCUUCGGGUGUCGGCAAUCCAAGAUAGAUCACAUCUACAGAGAGGAGACCCUGCAGGCCAAGAAUAAGGGUGUUUUCAGAGAGCUGUACACGGCCUACUCCCGGGAGCCAGACAGACCAAAGAAAUACGUACAGGAUGUGCUGCAGGAGCAGCUGGCAGAGCCCGUGUACCGAGCCCUGAAGGAGCAAGGGGGCCACAUCUAUGUCUGUGGGGACGUCACCAUGGCGGCUGAUGUCCUCAAAGCCAUCCAGCGCAUCAUGACCCAGCAGGGGAAACUCUCAGAGGAGGAUGCUGGCGUGUUCAUCAGCAGACUGAGGGAUGACAACCGGUACCAUGAGGACAUCUUUGGAGUCACCUUGCGAACAUACGAAGUGACCAACCGCCUUAGAUCAGAGUCCAUUGCCUUCAUCGAAGAGAGCAAAAAAGACACAGAUGAGGUUUUCAGCUCCUAACUGGAUCCUCCAGCCCCAAUGGGAUGGCGAGGUGGCCACCCCAGUGCUCCAGUGAAGGCGGAUGCAGUUGACUAAAUGCAGACACACAUGGCUGAACCUUUCCCAUGGGAUCCCAUGUGCCCCCCCCCACACACACACUGCCUGUUGUCCUGUCACUGAGUCCUGGUCCUUCCUCCUUCUCUGGGCUCGCACUGGGUUUUCUCCUUGACUCUCGUGCUGCAAUGCAUUGCCCUUGUACCCUGCAGUGGCUCUUACAAACCCAUGUCCUCUCUACCCGCUUGCUAUCAAGGGCAGGUCAUGGCGCAUGAAACCACUGGGUUGUGGCUGUCACUCAUGUUGAGGUCUGUCCUCUGUGGUCCCCUGGAAUAGCAACAGGCACUGUACUUCAGUAUUAUCCUGAACUAGUCCAUCAACCACUCCAGCACCCUCCCAUCCUUUUUUAUCAUGGUUUGUGUGUGUGUGUGUGUGUGUGUGUGUGUGUGUGUGUGUGUGUUUGGCCUGGGUCUCUGUCUGUCCUCUUGCCUGCACAAGUGAACCGACCUUACAUGUGAGCCCGCUGCCUUCAUGGAGGAAGCCCAGUGCCACAAAACCUAUCCCUAACCAUUGUUAAUUCCUCAUAUGUCCAUCAUGAAGGAUCUGUACCAGUCUUCCUGAAACAUCAGCAAGUCCCUCAACAGUCCAAGUAGAAAGAUCAGAGGAAACAGGUGUGUGAUGGAGAGGAAGACGCCACUGUGAAAGAGUUCAUGAUAGAAUCUCAUGCAUUUAGAUUCCCACCCAGAGCCAUGGCUGUGAAAAGAACCCAGUGGAUAGAUCAGGCAAGCCCCUGCCCAUUGCCACAUACCCCAACAAUGACCACCUGAUGUGGCCACACAUAUUGAGCCCUCUGUAGGCAACUCCAUCCACAGGCCUGGCAGCCAUGCUCUGCAGGGGAACAUGCUGGCUGAGUGUGUCCUAUUUUCCACUAGGGGAGUUAGGGUAGCUUGUCUUAAACAUCCCUUCAUCAAAUGACUGGAUGGGACGUUUUUAGUGUUUGGGAGCCUAAAAGCAAUGUCAAGGAAGAAUAUUGAGUGUUAUUUAUUUUUCCAAAUGGGCUUUCUGCUUCACACUUGGGAAUAAGAUAGGGGAACCAGAUGAAAGGGAUUGGAGUAGACCUAGUUAUCCUCAACAGGAACCAUGACUCAGAGGGGUGAGAGUCUGACUAGCCAGCUUUUAGUCCCUAAAGUGGGUCUUCUAAAUUUCAAACCUGCUAAAAUCACUUUGACAAUGUCUUCAUUCUCUGAUCCCCCAAAAUGGGCAUCAGAGGUAGCAAGUAAAAUUGGAGCCAGGGCAGGUUGGCCCUUGCAGUAGCCCCCUGAGCUCACCUUCAGAGUCAGCACGGUCGGUGGAGGGGGGCUCCCUUCUGUGCUUAAAAAUCAGUGUCAGUCAGGAUUAAGAGACAAUUAAGAAACCCCUGUAACUCCCAGCCUCAAGAGAUGGCUCCUGUGUUCCUGUUUGGUUUCUGGCUCCCAGUUCUGUGCUCCUAUUUGGUCUUGUCAGACAGAAAAACCUCCAGCUCUGUGUCCUGGGACCAAGCUUUCCUGAUGCUCCGUUUAGGGAGCUAUUAAAAAGAAAGCACCAAGGAUUAAAAUUGGAGGUUCAAGACUCUAAGGGCUUCAACCCCUUUUUCUUUUUCUCUUUCUCUUUCUUUUUCUUUUUCCUCUUUUAGACAGGAACUCCUGUAGCUCAGGCUGACUUUAAACUCAUUGUGUAAAUGAGGAUGACCUUGAACUCCUGAUCUAAUCUCCACCUCCCCAGUGCUAGGAUUAUAGGCAUGUACCCUCCACAGUUUAUGUGGUGCUGGGUGUCCAGCCUAGGACCUCAUGCAUGCUAGGCAAGAAUUCUACCAACUGAGCUAUAUCCCCACUCUUCAGUACCCUCCCCAAGUUCAAAGACAAGUCUUAUGCAUCUCUGGACACCCUCACUGUGUCUCAGCACUAGCAUGAGGAGUUUGUUUCUGUCAUAAUCUUUUCUGUCCUCCUUUAAUCCUGAUUUUUCAUGCUUGGUCUUUGCUGGCUAUAGAGACUAACCCCUAACCCCCUAACCUCUAGUGGCUCUUUCUGGCCUAGAGGUACCAGCCAUGACUUUGCUUUUGUCUUUCCAACACAGGAAGCUGGCCCCUGGUAGGUCUUCUCCCUGGGACCUUCUCCUCAACCCUUUGAGACUCUGGGGAUGCUUCCUAAGAUGGCACUAAUUCCCCUGGUCUGAACUCCUGUGUCCAUCCUUCAUCACAGAAGCAUUGACCAGAACCUCCCUCUGCAUGCCAAGCCGCAUGCAGGCAAGCAAGCAUGCAUGCACAAGUGAGUUUCUACCUCAGGAUAAGGAGCACUCCCCACGUGCCAGGCUCCUCCCUGUGCUCUGAGCAGCAGGUGGGCUAGGAAGAAAUCUCCAGCCAUUCCCCCAGAGAGUCCUAAGACCUGCUUAUGUAACCAGGUUCAUCUUUCAUCCCAAGAGGGAUUUUGGUUUUUCAGUGCUAGGGAUGGAACCCAGGGCUCCACACAUGCCAGGCAAUCACUCUACCACUGAGCUACAUCCCCAGCCCUCAAGUGAGACUGUCAAAAGACAGAGCGGCAUGGGAUGUGCUGGCUCAGUGGAUUCAGGGUGGGUCAAUACUGCCCUCUGUUGGCGGAGUUUAGUUCAGGCCCACAGCCAACAAGUGCAAAUUUAGGGCCAAGCAGCAAGAGAUCAAGGAGGGAGGAGACAAGCAUUUGGGGAGACCCAGGUUGUAACCUGUUUGUUUCCCUCUCUCCCCUACAUUAUCUCUGACCUCAUUUCAUGAAAAUGGAUUUGACCAGGAGAAAGGAGAGGACCCCUGAAACAGGAAGACAGAAACUUCAUGCUCCCCAAUAUGACUCCCAAUUCUCAUUCCUCCUGUGUGAAAGUACAGACACAGUUCAACCUCUUGGAGGGGUGAGGCCUUCCCUGGGUAUCUUUGGAGGCAGAUGGCAAGUGUCUUUCUUUUGGGAAAAACACUUUCCAUCCCUCCCAUGGGUUUUUCAAGCAGACCUGAGUCCAUACACUAACUUCCCUGUUCAUGCAGGAGGUCUCAGGAUGGCUGCGUGACCUUCAUGAGACUUCAGAUCCACCUGUGCACGGUGACUCGAUGAGACAAUGUACCAGGCCCAAGCUCUGGCGAGCUUCCAUUUUCCCCUUCAUUAUAAAAUGUCUAGGUUCCAUAGCACAUGGACACAGUGUUCCAACAUCAAGGUUAAUGCCAGCACCAACUUGAGCAAGGGAGAGGCAGGUGGAGUCAUAGGCCUUGUACCCUGGCUUUUGAGGACAGUAAAGACAGAGACAGGUUGACAGGGAGAUCCAGUCAGGCCUCGAUGCAAGAGAAGGAAACUGAGCCUAGGCAGUUGACACAGAACUAGGAGCUCUGUUUUCCUUUGGGGUUCCAAAGAGCUCAGGUUUUGCCCUAAGCCCAAAACAAGAAGGAGGGGCUCUCACCCAGAUGGUGGAGCAAGUGGUUCUGGGCAGGUUGAGCAAGCCUGGUGUCUGUCCUUCAUCCCUACAGCACCAGCCUUUUCAUUCAACCCUGAAAAGUUUCAGGUUCCUAAACUGAGUUUCAAGCCAACCAAAGAUUAUUUUAUUUACCUCCCACCAGGGGCCUUGCCUCUCAAGGACUCAACAUAGAUGGUCCCCAGGGACAGGGAUUUUGCCUUGAGGGGCCAAGGCUAGCCUGGCUUUUUCUUUUUCCUCUUAUUCACCCCUCUUCUGUCCACUGCAGGACCCCACCUAGAAGAAAAGUUAGCUGUGCUGAGUCUCAAAUGUGGAGGGCCCAGGAACUCUCAGUAUCCCUUUCCUGAUACAAGCUGAGCACCCCAAACCCCCAAUCCAAAAUAUUCCAAAAUCCCAAAUGCUCUGAGCACCACAUGAUGCCACAAUUGGAGAUUUUAGUUCAUCCUGAAAAUUAUUUAAAAUAAUGGAUAGACCGGGGAUGGAGCUCAGUGGUAGAUCACUUUUUCUUUGGGGAAAAACACUUUCCAUCCCUCCCAUGGGUUUUUCAAGCAGACCUGAGUCCAUACACUAACUUCCCUGUUCAUGCAGGAGGCCUCAGGAUGGCUACUUGACCUUCAUGAGACUUCAGAUCCACCUGUGCAGGGUGACCAGAGUCCUGGAUUCCACCCCCAGCACCAUAAAUAAAUAAAAAAUAAACAAUCACCUUAGGCUAUUAUGUAAGGCAUAUAUGAAAAGUAAAUGAAUUUCAUGUUUAGAGGAAAGUCCCACACAAAAAAAAAUACCCCAUUAUGAAUAUGCAAACAUUACAAAAUCAAAAAAGUUCAAAAUCUGAAAUCCCAAGUAUUUUGGCAAAGGACAUUCAACCUGUCAUACCAACAAGGGAGGUCACCAGGGAUCAACAUGCCUCAAGUGUGCUUAUAAGUCUGAUGGUCCUGACAUAGUUAAAUGAUUCUGAAUAAUCAGGCAUAACUAAUCGAAGAUAAUCAGUUACUAACACAAUGGCCUGGCAGGCAGAAGCUACCUGACUUUACAAACCGCUUCCCACCAUCUAGAGACAAUGAAUCAGGGCAUGGCAGUGGCCAGAUUGGAUCUUGACAUCUAGGAGACUCUGGCCCUGGGUCUGCUGACCUGGGCAGCAUCACUAUUUGGAGCCAGGUGGUUCAUCAUGAAGGCUGUUCUAGGUGACCUCUUCUACUGAAUGCCACCAGCAGUCUCCUGUCAUUUAGGACAGCCACAUAGGUCACCAGAAAGUGCCCAAUGUUGUCUGGGAGGGCAAGACCUCCAGCCCUUGGACCGAGGAAACAUUGCUUUUGGAUUUCAUUGGCCAUAGAACCACCCACCUGCUGCUGUGGGCCUUCUGACUGUAUACCCAGAAGAGGUCCGCAGAAGUUGUUUGUUACCUGCUCCGAAUCAAGACUAGAAAGCUCUGUAGAGAGGCUAUGGUAGAGUAUCAAUCUCAAGCCAAAGGACAGCUAAGCAUUUUAAGAUAUACUGAGGCCCCGUCUCUUGUCCCCACCCCACCUCCGUGCCCUGGGCUCUGUCUUCCUUAUUUUUGUUGCUAUGUUGUCUUUGUGACUGUAAGACCCACUUCAGGCUCAAUAGUAGCUUUCAGGAAAUCCCAGGCUCCACGUGGGAUCAGACAACCCUCGUCAACUGCACCCAUAGUUGUUCACUGUGGGGUUUGGGGGUGCUGGAGAGAGUGGGCAGAGCUGGGGUUCCGUCUCACCAUGCACACACUAUGAGAAACUCAGAUGCUCCCCCCUACCUCUGACCUCUCUAUGCUGCUAACCUUUGCCAAGUGUCCCGUGUGCUCCAGCAACACCACCCUCCCCCGUGCCCUUGCGAGGUUGUCCAGGCUGUGUUUGCGCAUGCUCUUCUCUGUGGUCCU